ACGCACAGGGCCCCUGUGGUGGACAGAGGCAAUUGUGGUCACGUGAUGCGUGGGAAGUGGAAGUGACAUGCCACGUGUUGUCGGGUGAACACGGCGGCCCGGAUAUCCACGUGAAUGACUGCGGUGCAGAUCACGGUGCUGUACUUUGCGAAGAGCGCCGAGCUGGCAGAGACUAGGAGGGAGGUCCUCACUGUGCCGAGGCAGCUCACGUCCCGGCAGCUCUGGCUGGAGAUUGUGUCUCACCAUCCAAGCCUCCGAGUGAUUGAGCAGAACCUGGUCCUCGCCGUUGGGGAGCAGUACGUCUCCUUGGGUGACGAAGAGCUUCUUCUUGAGCCAGGCCAGGAGGUGGCUCUUGUGCCCCCGCUGAGCGGCGGCUAGCGGCAGGCCAUGGUGGAUGCUGCAAGCCGCCAGAGGGAUGUGGUGACACUGU